AGCGACACACAGCCGGGCAGCUUUCAUCAGACGAGGACGCCCGCACGGCGGAUACGCUGCCCUGCACGGUUACUAUGACGCUGUUUUAAACAAUAUUAUUUAGCCAUAAUGUCAUUGUGUCGUCGAUGUAUAACGUAUGUUGACAGUCGGUUUAUUUGUAGCUCGUUUUCUCCUUCGUGUUGACCGGGAACGACCCGCCUGUGUCGUGUUAACUCCGCGAGAGGAAGCUGUAUAUUCCCGUCACAGAUGCUCAGACUCGCAUGUUUUGUUCGUUUCACCGGGUUUCCCUCCCGUCGAGUCGACAGGCAUGACGGACGGUAACGCCGCCGCCGCCGCUCAGGUUAUAGGCAGCAGCAGCAGCAGCAUCUCAUGCACAGUGCCGCAUCAACAAGCCUCGACGCCCGACCACCGGGUCCCCCUACCGGCGCCCGGGUGUGCCCCGGUCCCCCGACACCUGUUGUGACAUGACAGCUCGGGGAAGGAAGAAGAGGAUCAAAGGUUACGGACAGGGGUUCGAGCAGGAGCGCGGGCGGGUCAGAUCCUCGAGGAAGGGGCACGCGGAGACGGACGGUGUGCACCGUUUGAGUGGAGAGGAUACAACCAGACCCGUGUCAAAAAUUCAUGUGACACGCUGUUAAUCCCUGCAGGGUGUUUCUCUCCAGGGGGGUUCAGAGCACGGGGUUAGCCGCGGAGCAGGGCCCCUGGAGCCGGUUCACGUGCCCAUACAUCAGCGAGGCGGGUCCAGGGGGAUUGAACCUGGGUCCUGGUCUCACUGGACCCAGCUGCCCCCCUCCCUCAUGUGAUCUCACUGAAGCCUUAUUGUAAUUCUGAUUUGGGCCUACAGCGUGGUAGCACCCACCUUUGCCUUACAGUUUCGUCUGAUGCACAGCCUCAUAGUGUUCAUACUGGUCGAGUCCCAGUUAGCAGCGCGGUUCCCCCGGCCUGGCAGGCUCACUUGGCUGCUCCUGACCGUCACCUUCACCUGCACAGCCAUGGGCUGCAUCCAGAGCAUCGCCUGUAACAAGUCGCGCAUCAAACGGGAGAACAUCGUGGUGUACGACCUGUCCGCCACCAUAGACCACUGCCCGACCGUCAUCGAGGAGAACUCGCCCAUAGUGCUUCGGUACAAGACGCCCUAUUUCAAAGCCUCGGCGCGGAUUGUGAUGCCCCCCCUUCCUCGCAAUGAGACAUGGGUGGUGGGCUGGAUCCAGGCGUGCACCCAGAUGGAGUUUUACAACACCUAUGGAGACGUCGGCAUGUCAAGUUGGGAGCUGCCUCAGCUACGAGAAGGCCUGGUGAGGGCCAUCAGCGACUCAGACGGUGUGAGCUACCCCUGGUACGGAAACACCACAGAGACCGUCACCAUAGUCGGCCCCACCUCCAAGCCAUCGCGCUUCAUCGUCAGCAUGAAUGACAAUUUCUACCCCAGCGUCACCUGGGCCGUGCCGGUCAGCGAAUCCAACACGCCCUUACUGACUAACAUCAAAAGAGACCAGAGCUUCACCACCUGGCUGGUGGCGCUCAACACCACGUCCAGGGAAAAGAUCCUGCUCCACACCAUCAAGUGGAGGAUGAGGGUCGACGUCGCGGUGGAACCGUCCCUGCCUCUGGGCACCAGGGCCCGACUGGUGGGCCGGGUGCACCAGGACCAGCCGCGGGUGCUGAGCCGCAUGGAGCCCAUCCCUCCCAACGCCAUGGGGCGGCCCAACGCCAACGACGCCCAGGUUCUGAUGUGGAGGCCGAGGAGAGGGCCUCCGCUUGUCGUCAUACCGUCCAAGUAGAGGGUUGAGAGCAUCUGAUUGGCCGCUUGUUAUACCUCAUCACAGUGGGCCAUCAAGCAGUGAAACGGCUCACAGCAUAAUCAGAUGUGACGACAAAAGAAACAGCGAAAAUGAAGAUCUAUAAGCAGGCUGAGACUUGUGACAAUGGCACAAAUCAGAGUUGCAGUCUUUUGCGUGUAAAAUCUCGAGGGGACAACUGCCUUAAUUCCCCACCGCUGCCUUUGACGAUCCAGAAAGUGUGUUGGUCUCCACUUCUGGCGCCGUUGGGUUUGCAGGCCUUCACUCCAGCCCGGCACCGCUGAGCAAAGCUGACUUAGAAAAUCCGCCAGUAGUGCAGGAAUGUAACGCAAACCUGUAACUGUAGCUUACUCAGGCUCAGAAAGAAAACGAUCAAGCUCAAACACAGACCCUGUUUGAAAAAAAAAA